AGAGGUCCUUAAUACGGCUAUUCUGACCGGGAAACCAGUGUCUGUCCCCGUAAAAGUAGUAGCUGUCGAAGAGGACGGAUCUGUGAGAGAUGUUUCUGGCUCCACCGAAUGUAAAUCCGCUGAUGAAGACGUCAUCAAGGUUUCGGACAACUGUGACGCCAUCUUUGUGAAUGGGAAAGAAAUGAAGAGCAAAGUCGACACUGUUGUGAACUUCACUUACCAGCAUUUUACUACCCAGCUAGAAAUCACCGUGUGGGUUCCGCGUCUCCCACUUCAAAUAGAGAUCUCAGACACUGAGUUGAGCCAGAUCAAAGGCUGGCGGAUUCCUGUCACCUCUAACAAAAGGCCUACCCGUGACAGCGAUGAGGAAGAGGAUGAUGAGAAGAAAGGCCGAGGUUGCACCCUUCAGUACCAGCAUGCAACAGUGCGUGUGCUGACUCAGUUUGUGGCAGAAUCGUCUGAUUUUGGAGGCCAGCUAACCUACAUGCUUGGCUCUGAGUGGCAGUUUGACAUCACAGAUCUUGUGGCUGACUUUAUGAAGGUGGAGGAAUCCAAAGUAGCCAAGUUACAAGAAGGCCGGGUUCUGAUCGGUCGCGAGCAAGGAAUUACAACUGUGCAGGUCCUGUCUCCUCUCUCUGAUUCCAUUUUGGCUGAGAAGACUGUGACUGUUCUGGAAAACCGCGUAACCAUCACAGACCUUGGGGUACAACUCGUGGCCGGCUUGUCCCUCUCACUCCAGAAGAAUAAAGCGAACAAGAGGGUGAUAGUCAUGACCGCAUCCGCAUCUGAUAUCCUGCAUUCGCUAAAGCAGGAAGCCAUGGUCAGCGCUUGGAUUUUGUUCAGCGAUGGCACCGUGACCCCAUUGGACAUCUACGACACAAACGAUUUCUCCCUCACCAUUACAUCCCUGGAUGAAAUGGUGGUGUCCACCCAUCAAAACCAGGAGGGCGACUGGCCAGUGGUGGUGGCGGAAGGCGAAGGUCAAGGGCCCCUCAUCAAAAUAGAAAUGGUCAUCAGUGAAGCUUGCCAGAAAUCGAAGCGGAAGAGCAGCUUGGCUGUCGGGAAGGGAAGCCUGAAGGUCAAGUUUGGCCAGAAGGAGUCAGAUCAUAAAGGGGACACCAACCAUGUCGAAGAUGAUGGCGGCGAUUUUAAAAGCCAUGGGGGCAAUUCCGUAGAGAAGUCUUUGGAUCAAGAGAGGUCAGGACAAGAUUGGUCCAAGCAGGGAGCUUCCAUGGAUCUUGAAGAGGUCACCAACCAAAGCACAACUUCCAAGCCCCUCAUCCAUCAGAAAGACACUCAUGAGGAUGGUCAGCUUCAGAACAGCCCGACUUCCUUCACAAGUUUUCCCAUACAGGUAGAUACACCUGAAAGGAACCAUCCCAGUGACCUCACGUUGGCUUCCAGAGGUUUAACGGAUCUUGAGAUUGGCAUGUACGCUCUCUUGUGUGUCUUCUGCCUGGCCAUCUUGGUCUUCUUAAUUAACUGUGUGGCGUUCGCUUGGAAGUACAGGCACAAGAGGUUUGCGGUCAGCGAACAGGGAAACAUCCCUCAUUCCCACGACUGGGUAUGGCUGGGCAAUGAGGUCGAACUCUUAGAAAACCCCGUGGACAUCUCCUUGCCUUCAGAGGAGUGCACCACCAUGAUAGACCGCGGGAUGCAGUUUGAGGAGAGCAAUUUCCUCCUCAACGGCAGCUCUCAGACACACCUCCAUAACCAGAUCCUUCGGUCGACGGAUUAUGCCCGUGAUAAAGAUCUCAGUAGUGAAGCUAUAAACCCACCCAAGCGGAAAAGGGUAAAAUUCACCUCCUACACCACCAUUUUGCCGGAAGAUGGUGGACCGUAUACCAACUCCAUUCUUUUCGACAGUGACGAUAAUAUCAAAUGGGUUUGCCAAGAUAUGAACUUAGGCGAUUCCCAGGAAUUUAGAGAUUAUAUGGAUAGGCUGCAAGACAAUAUGUAAAAAAAAAAAAACCAUACACACAGAGAACAAAAUUAUAUAUAUAUAUAUAAAUAUAUACAAAACUUUCUUAUGUUUGUAUUCACCUUUAUGCCUUCUGUUUUAUGGAUGAUGGAGCAGUCAAGCAGCCAGCCAGCAAUAGAUGGACGUUCUCCAGUUGUUUUGGAGGACCAAGGAUAACCACAUCCCAUCCUUUGGAUCAGGGGCAGGAAAAAGCUGGCUGUCUUCUCCCUUGUUUUGUCAAAUUCGAGGCUCUGUGUCUACCCCCAAAAGAACUACCUAGACAUCUUGGUGGUUUUUUUGAAUGCACCCACUGAUGGCGUGCAGAAAGUCGUGAAAGUCGAACCAGCGACAGUGAGAUGGGGACGACGAGUUGUAAAAAAACAAAACAAACUGUGUUAGGGUGGGGUGGGCAAAUUUUUAUUUCUAGAAAACACUUUGUAAAAGCACAGUAGACAUUUCUUGCUUACGGCUAGAAUUUAUGCUCCCUUCGAAGGUUCGGAAUGAAUCGGUCUAAUGUAAUCUCUGUUUAUAAGAAAUACCGCCGAAUAUGUCCCUUUAGGGUUCCCUUUUUCUUUCAUUAAAAAAAAUCAUUCCUGUGGUUAAUUUGUUCAAGAGUAUUGUUUACGCAGCAUCCUCAAUUUUAAUAAUACCUUUAUGAGAUUUCUCUCCCCCCCUCAUCAUACAGGUUGUGCUGAAUCAUACAAUAAUCUAUUCUGAUUAAGCCUGCAACCUUUAGUCAAUAAAUUGAAUAAAAGCUUUGCAAACGCUGAGAAAUGUAGCCCCGAUUAAUUGGAAAGUGAAAAUGUAAUUUUUAAAAAUUAAAUUUAUUUAUUUAUUUUUCUUAGCAGUUGCUUACAAGGCGUCUUAGCAGAGGCAUCUCCCCCUGUUUGUAAGACAUAGAAGCUGUGCUGUUGCAGGCUGUUUCCUGCAAUGUAAGGGAACACAGCUGCAACACUAAAUGUUAACAGCAGGCACAUGUACAUCAUCUGACAGAGGGGCGGGCUAAUGGGUGGCGGCCUCUUUGUUCCAGCAAGUGAAUGAGGGGAUGACGAGGCUUACAAGUUUUUCUUGUCGGUUGCGACAGGUCAGCCCAUAGGAAAUGGAAGAACUAGGAAAAAGAACUAAGCAAAGUUUUAGAUACUUUCCACUUUUCCUUCUCUUGGAUGAAAACCUUACUUCGGGACAAGAAAUGCAAGUGCUAAAAUCCCAGCCAGGCUGAGUUCCAAAUUGAAAGGCUUGUUAGCAAGCUGAAGACACAGUCGGAAGGAAGCACCACUAAGGUUAAUGGAAUAUGCUCCCAAAUGAUGGUGCAACCAUCUCAAUAGAUGGGACAUUGUCCAUCGGCCCUGGUGUGUGAAGCCCCCUGUUCAGGCGUCCAGCUUAGGGUGAACUUGAAGAAAGAGCAUAGACAAUCUCCAUACCAACCAUCUUGCUUGUUUUUUUCUGCACAAGAGUAAGAGUGGACGGCAUGCUUUACUUGUUCAGUUCUCCACAUGCUUUAGUUCACGGUGCUGAUGACUCUAAUGAGCAGGGCUGGUGAAUCCACAUGGGGUUUUCGUCCAAACUUUGCAGGAGCUGUUUGAGGUGCUGAACCUCAAACAAGCAAUGCUGGUUCUGGCUGUUGGGGAGAAGGAUCAUGACUAGGGCAGGUCUAGCCUACUGCCUUGUCCCCAUAUAUUCAGAUUAAUCAUGAAUCAGGUGUGUGUGUGUGUGUGUUGGGGAGGGAAGAUACUGGACAGAUAGACAUGAUUAACUUCUGCAUCACCCCAGCAUGCCUCUUCUAAGAUGCAGUCUCUAAAAGCAAAACUGUGAACCUUCCAUUCUUUGCAUAACUGAUUGUAUUUGCUUAUAUGCAAACAUGUGCAGGACUGAUCCAUGAAUUGUCCAUUGAAUCCAUUAAAGCUCUUGCGACACAUUUGCAAUUUCUC